AUGGCUGGCGAUCCCUUUCUUUCAGAUCCCUCCAAAAAGAGAAAACGAAGUACCCGAGCCUCUACUGGCCCCAAAAAAGCUCGGGCUCCUGUACGUCUGAAUGAUCCAGACUCUGAAAUUUCCAGUAAUUCAGACGACUCAGGCGAUGAGGGUUCAGCUGUUGGAGAAGGCGAUGAAAGAGAGCUUGAUUCCGACGAAGAAUUCCAGCAUGAGAAUGAGGCAGAUAAAAGAAGACGUAUUGCUAAGCAAUAUCUUGAGAACUUGAAGUCUCAGGACAUAGGUGACGACGAUUUCGAUGCUGAGGAUUUAGACAGAGAUCUCCUCGCCACCCGUUUACAGCAAGAUGCCGCAGAAGGAAAAGGAAAUGUGUACCGCUUUUAUGGACAAAAAAUUAGUGGCCAGCUUCUGGAUCUUCAACGCACUCACGUUCGUGUCGGUUGUAAAAACCUCACCGGAGUCGCCGCCAACUUCCCAUACAUCUACACUGUGUCCAAGGACAUCGAGCUCAUCAAGUGGAAACUCAACAGUAAUAACAAGCCACAGCGUGUGAAACAUAGUCGUGGUGGCCUGCGGUACAGUAAGAUCAAUACCAGCACUCCAAGUCUGAACCAUCACAAUGAUGAAAUCAGUUGUGUAGCCUGUUCAGGUGAUGGACGAUUUGUCGUCACUGGUGGCCUUGAUGGACGUCUUAUUAUCUGGUCGGCAGAGAAUCUCACCUGUCUUAAAGUGUUGGAGACUCGUGGCGCUGUCAAUGCCAUCACGUUCCGUAGAGGCACCGACCAACUUUACGCUGCUUGCGCAGAUUUGCGUAUUCGUACGUUCUCCAUCAAUCAGUAUGCGCAACUCGAAAUUUUGUACGGACAUCAAGAUAAUAUCACCGACAUAAGUGCGCUCGCCAAGGAAGCCUGUGUAUCUGUCGGCUCUCGAGACAAGUCUGUUAUGUACUGGAAGAUCGCUGAAGAGUCACGACUUACUUUCAGAGGAGGUGACUCUGAGAAAAAAUCAUUCAAGAAAAACGCGGCUUCUGCUGAGGUCUCUGAUGUACCAUUCCAUUCCGAGGGAUCUAUCGAUGUGGUGCUGAUGAUUGAUGAGUCGCACUUUGUCACAGGAUCUGACAACGGAAACAUCUCUUUGUGGUCAAGGUCAAAGAAGAAAGCAUUGUUUACUCAACGAGUUGCUCAUGGCCUCCUCCCACAGUUCACGCCCGCACAAGCUAGUGCCGAAACAGAAGAGAGCAAGGCUGCCCGCCAAAUCCCACCUGCACAGCCUUACUGGAUCACUUCGCUCUAUGCUGUUCCCUUUAGUGAUAUCUUCAUUAGUGGAUCCUAUGAUGGACAAGUUCGUGUCUGGCAACUUGAACGAGAGAACUUCCGCUCCUUCAACCUUCUCGGAAGCCUUAGUGUUAAGGGAUGUGUGGUGAAGAUCAGCGGUGCUGAGCUCACAGACGAUAAAAAAAUUAUGGUGUUCGUUGCCACGGCGAAGGAGCACCGUCUCGGCCGGUGGUUGGGCAAGAUAGAGGGACGGAACGCGAUCACCACCUUGGUCUUUAACAUUUAG